AUGUAUAUGAAGAGCGAACAGCAGGCGAUAUUCAUCAAUUAUGCGCCAUUUCAUGAAUUUUAUGAAAUUGUGCCAACACCAACAACAUAUUGUGGCGACCAGAAUUUGAGCAAACGGUGGGCCGAAAUAGACGAGAAACUCAUUACGAUAGCGCGAGAGCAACACGAAUGCGUGGAAAAUAACCAUGGCGCAGUUCCUUCUUGA